UCAAUCUGUGGAUCUGUUGUGAUUAUAAAACCAAAACACGUCCAGUUGUUUAGGCUGGAGCUAAACGUGCAUCUCCAGCACUUCUUCAAAUCACAGGAUGGACGCUGGUAUCUUGGGCCUGUAGUUGAACUUUACUACCAGGAGAUGUCGCUGUCACCUCGUCCCUGAGCAGAGACUCCCACCAGGCUCCUCUCCUCCGGAUCAGUGGAACCAUAGAUGAGUGGAACCCCCUCUUCAUCGGAUCAACAGGGAGGGAAUGGGCCAGACUCAGAUAGAGGUGGACAGAGGUGUGACUGAGACGGAGGCAGAGCAGGACCAGGAGCCAGCUGGGCAUCUGCCACUUCUUAUUUUUGUUUAGAAUCAGUUGAAAGGAGAGAGAGGUGGGGGGGGACCCGCAGGAGUUUCUCGUGCGUAAAACAGCAUCAGUUGUUGCUCCACAUUCUCAGUAGUUGCGCUUCACUUUCAGACUGAGGAGUUUUUACGGAGGUAGAGUCCUGGGUGGAGCUUUCUUUCCCUCCGCACGAGUCCCUGCGGCGCACGGAUUACAAUGCAGAUGCUCCUGGAGGUCUGGCUCACCUUGGUGUCAGUGUCUGCGCUGACCCGAGGCGUCUUCGCAGGAUACGGGCUGAGCAUGUUCGCGGCACAGUCCUCUCCUCCGGACCCGUGCAACGAUGAGAACGGGAACCCGAGGAGGUGCAUCCCGGACUUCGUCAACUCCGCUUUCGGGAAGGACGUGCGCGUGUCCAGCACCUGCGGCAGCCCGGCCGCCAGGUACUGCGUGGUGGCCGAGAAGGGAGAGGACAGGUCCCGGGACUGUCACAGCUGCGACGCCGCGGACCCCAAGAAGUCGCAUCCGCCCGCGUACCUGACGGACCUGAACAACCCGCACAACCUCACGUGCUGGCAGUCGGAGAACUACAUGCAGUUCCCGCAGAACGUCACCCUCACCUUGUCCCUGGGCAAGAAGUUCGAGGUCACUUACGUGAGCCUGCAGUUCUGCUCACCCAGACCCGAGUCCAUGGCCAUCUACAAGUCCAUGGACUACGGCAAGUCCUGGGUUCCCUUCCAGUACUACUCUACGCAGUGUAAGAAGAUGUACAACCGGCAGAACAAGGCGGCCAUCACCAAGCAGAACGAGCAGGAGGCCAUCUGCACCGACUCGCACACCGACAUGCACCCUCUGACCGGCGGGCUCAUCGCCUUCAGCACGCUGGACGGGAGGCCGUCCGCGCACGACUUCGACAACUCCCCGGUGCUGCAGGACUGGGUGACGGCCACCGACAUCAAGGUGAUCUUCAGCCGGCUGCACACUUUCGGGGACGAGAACGAGGACGACUCGGAGCUGGCCCGCGACUCCUACUUUUACGCGGUGUCGGACCUGCAGGUCGGGGGACGGUGCAAGUGCAACGGGCACGCGUCGAAGUGCGUGAAGGACCGAGAAGGGAAUCUGGUGUGCGAGUGCAAGCACAACACGGCGGGACCGGAGUGCGACAGGUGCAAACCUUUCCACUACGACCGACCGUGGCAGCGCGCGACGGCCCGAGAAGCCAACGAGUGCGUCGCCUGCCACUGCAACCUGCACGCCCGCCGCUGCCGCUUCAACAUGGAGCUGUACAAGCUGUCGGGCCGGAGGAGCGGCGGCGUCUGCCUCAACUGCCGCCACAACACAGCGGGACGCCACUGCCACUACUGCAAGGAGGGCUACUACCGGGACAUGACCAAGUCCAUCUCCCACCGCAGAGCCUGCAAAGCAUGUGACUGUCACCCGGUGGGAGCGGCGGGGAAGACGUGUAACCAGACGACGGGUCAGUGCCCCUGCAAGGACGGGGUGACGGGGAUCACCUGCAACCGAUGUGCCAAAGGUUACCAGCAGAGCCGCUCGCCCAUCGCUCCCUGCAUCAAGAUCCCAGUUGCAUCUCCCACAGUGACGUACAGCAGCUACGAGGAGCCGUCAGCAGAUUGUGAAUCACACUGCAAAGCUUCCAAGGGAAAGAUGAAGAUCACCAUGAAGAAGUAUUGUAAAAAAGACUACGCUGUUCAAGUGCACGUUCUGAAAGGAGACAAAGCGGGCGAGUGGUGGAAGUUCACGGUCAACAUCAUCUCCGUGUACAAGCAGGGCGAGCACCGCAUCCGCCGCGGGGACCAGCUGCUGUGGGUGCGCGCCAAGGACGUGGCCUGCAAGUGCCCCAAGAUCAAGCCCGGGAGGAAGUACCUGCUCCUGGGCACGGACGAGGACGACUCCCCCGGGCAGGGUGGCGUGGUGGCGGACAAGGGGAGCCUGCUCAUCCCCUGGAAGGACCUGUGGGGCCGCCGGCUCAGGAAGUUCCAGCAGCGCGACAAGAGGGGGAAGUGCUAGAAGCAGCUGGGGAGGGGAGAGAGAGAGGGAGGCUUGAGGGAGAGGUGGAGGCAAAGAGAACGCCUCCAUACUGGGAUGGAUGCAAGGAGGAGGAGGAUGAG